UUUUCAUACAUCUUCAAAUAUUCACAGUCUACUUGCUUUGACACUUGCUUUUGUUAUAGUGAGUAAUUAUCCAAAUUAGUUAUAGCUUUGAGUUUUGCUUAUUAGAAAGCUCUUGCUUUUUUUGCUCUUUCAAUUUGAAAAUGUCGCAUUACCAAAACCAGCAGAAGAAGGGGUUGGUAGAGAAAAUAAAAGAGAAGAUACCAGGUGUUGGGAACAAGCAAGGUCACACAACUUCAACUACAGCCCCGUACCAGCAAGGUCACACAACUUCAACUACAGCCCCAGGUAACUACGGGGGCCAACAUCAUCAUCAGAAGGAGGGGUUGACAGAGAAAAUAAAAGAGAACAUACCAGGUGUUGGGCACCAGCAAGGUCACACAACUUCAACUACAGCCCCAGGAAACUACGGGGGCCAACAUCAUUAUCAGAAGAAGGGAGUGAUGGAGAAGAUCAAGGAGAAGAUUCCUGGACUCCACUAGGUGGUGUUGAUGUCGCAUAUAUAUAUAUAUAUACUCGCAUCAUUUAUAUAUGUUUCUCACUUCUAUAUGUAAAUCACGCUUGUUUGUAGCCUAAGCGAGUGAUAUGAUAUGUUUUUUUUUUUUUGGGUUUAAUAAGUGAUGCAUACAAUCCUGGUAUGUAUGCAUAUUGUGUUGUAUGAUUCCAUUUGUUUGGGUCAAAUAUUGUGUUUUGUGGUGUUAUUACUUUUAAUAUAGUGGUGUGCUUUUGUUAUUUU